AUGCGGUUCAAGUGCGCGCAGGUGUCCGGGAGGAUGCACACGUGGAGCACAGAUGAAACAGGUGUACACGGGCGGCCGGCAGGUGUGCAGGGCCGCCCCCCACACCUGCCACACCAGCAAAAGCCAACACAGGGGGACAGAGACGUGGAAAUGCCCGCCACGGACCAACACGAUAAGGAGUUCACUGCCUUAGAUAUCAAUGCGCGCAUCCCACGUGGCGCGCGAUGGGAGGGAAGGAGAAGUGGAGGGAGUGGAGGAGGUGGAUUGCAAGUGUGGACUUUUCUCCUUCUAUGCUUGGUUCUGACCCUCGUGUUGAUUAAUGACAUGGUUACCUAUGGACACCUGGAUGAGGCUGGGAGUGAGGUGGUGUCGCACCCCCCGAUGCAGGUGGUGGUGUACUACGAGGCGUUGUGUCCGGACAGCCGCUACUUUGUGUUGAAGCAGCUGGUGCCGACCUAUGAGAAGCUGCACACCAUCAUGACCAUCUCCUUCGUGCCGUACGGGAAGGCGCAGACCACAGAGAAGGACGGCAAGUAUGUGUUCACCUGCCAGCACGGGCCAGUGGAGUGCCGCGCCAACAUGGUCCACGCCUGUGUCACCAACGUUGUGCACGAUGAGGCCAAGCAGCUCAACAUCAUCAGCUGCAUGAUAGACAAGAAUGACCAGCCAGUAAAGGUCGGGGAGAAGUGCAUGGAGAAGUUUGGGGAGCCUUGGUCUGACGUGGCCAAGUGUGUGGACUCGGACAAGGGCCCCAGCAUCCUGAAGCACAUGGGAGACAUGACCCACAGCUUGAGGCCCAGAGUGACCUUCAUCCCCACCGUGGAGAUUGACGGCAGCUUGAGUGAGCAGAGCCAGAUCCAGCAGAACCUCCUCAAAGUGCUCUGUCGCCGCUACAAGGGACCCAAGCCGCCCUCCUGCUAGCCUCUGCGACACACACACACACACACCAUAACAUAGUCUUUUUUACUAUAAUUGUUUUGAUACUUUUGACGGCAAUAUUUUCAUGUGUUUUAUUGAAGAGUUAUUUUUCUUCUUCAGUGUUUAAGAAGUAAUGCAAGUUUUUCUUUUUCUAUUAUUACUUGUUAAUGUGUGAAACAGUUUAUGAAAUUCGGUUUUAAGUUUACGAUGGUAUUUUUUCAUUACGCAGAAAAAGUCACUUGAUAAUAUAUGAUGUGAUACUUGUUAUUAUUAUUGCUAUUACCAUCAUUAUUCUCAUUAUGCAUUAUUAUUAUUAUUAUUACUUCCAUCACACUUCAGUUUUGUCACGCUGGGUUUUAAGAGUUAUCAUUAUUCUGUUAUUUAUUAUCAUUACUUUUAACAUUAUUAUUCUCAUUAUUAUUUUCAUUACUUAUUAUUAUUAUUAUUAUUUCCAUCUCACUUCUGUUCCGUCUCGCUGGGUUGGGUCGGGUAGCGUCUUUUUGUGAUAUAAUAAUAAUAACAACACAACACUUCCCACGUCACUACAAACACUUCAGCAGCAUCAGGGCAGCCAGUCAGUCUGUCCGUCGGUGAGUCCAUUCCAGUGUCAGUCUUCGGUGAGGCGACAGGACACUCUGUACAGCGUCUUUCCUCACGAGCGAUGAACGUAAUAUUAGCGUAGAGAUUAGUAGUGUUUACGUGUGACGGUUGACGUAAAAUCACAUUCGCCUCUAACAGUGCACUUUAGCGUAGGGUCUGGCUUUGUGUAGGGGCUGUGUAGGGGCUGUGGGGGGGAGGGGUAAAGAGAGAGAGCUUUUGCAACACUCCAUGGGCUGUGUGCGUUUUUUGUAGAAGAAUAUGUAUG